AUGGCGAUGAAUCUCGACAUGUCGCAAGCCCAGGUGAUGAAGGACGAGUCCGGGCGCCCAUUCAUCAUUGUCAGAGACCAAGGCAAGAAGAAGAGGCAGCACGGCAACGACGCGGUCAAAUCGCACAUUCUGGCCGCCCAGACAGUCGCCAACCUCGUCAAGACAUCGCUGGGACCGCGCGGACUGGACAAGAUCCUCAUCUCCCCCGACGGCGACAUCACCGUGACCAACGACGGCGCCACCAUCCUCUCGCAGAUGGAAAUCUCCAACCACGUCGCAAAACUGCUCGUCGAGCUGUCCAAGUCGCAGGACGACGAGAUCGGUGACGGCACAACCGGCGUCGUCGUCCUGGCCGGCGCGCUGCUCGGUCAGGCUGCAGACCUCAUCGACAAGGGCAUCCACCCCAUCCGAAUAGCCGACGGCUACGACCAGGCCUGCGAGGUGGCCGUCGCCCGCCUCGACGAGAUCAGCGACGAGAUCCACUUCGCAAAGGACAACACCGAGGAGCUCUUCCGCGUCGCCAAGACGAGCCUGGGCAGCAAGAUUGUCUCAAAGGCACACGACCAGUUCGCCAACAUCGCCGUCGACGCCGUCCUGUCCGUCGCCGACUUUGAGCGCAAGGACGUCGACUUUGAGCUCAUCAAGGUCGACGGCAAGGUCGGUGGCUCGCUCGAGGACACACUGCUCGUCAAGGGCGUCAUAAUAGACAAGGACUUCUCCCACCCCCAGAUGCCCUCCGAGGUCAAGGACGCAAAGCUCGCCAUCCUCACAUGCGCCUUUGAGCCCCCCAAGCCCAAGACCAAGCACAAGCUCGACAUCACCUCAGUCGACGAGUUCAAGAAGUUGCAGGACUACGAGGCCAACAAGUUCACCGAGAUGAUCGACCAGAUCAAGGACACGGGCGCCAACGUCGUCAUCUGCCAGUGGGGCUUCGACGACGAGGCUAACCACCUGCUCCUCACAAACAAGCUGCCCGCCGUGCGAUGGGUAGGCGGGCCCGAGAUUGAGCUCAUUGCCAUUGCGACCAAUGGACGCAUCGUACCCCGCUUCGAGGACCUCAGCGCUGAGAAGCUGGGCAAGGCCGGCAUCGUCCGCGAACUCACCUUCGGAACAACAAGAGACAAGAUGCUCGUCAUCGAGGAGUGCGCCAACACCAGGGCCGUCACCGUCUUCGUCCGCGGCAGCAACAAGAUGAUCAUCGACGAGGCCAAGCGCUCGCUGCACGACGCUCUCUGCGUCGUCCGAAACCUGGUACGAGACAACCGCAUCGUCUACGGUGGCGGUGCCGCUGAGAUUGCAUGUUCGCUGGCUGUCGAGGACGCCGCCGUCAAGAGCCCCGGCCUCGAGCAAUACGCCAUGCGCGCCUUCGCCGAUGCGCUCGACAACGUACCCAUGGCCUUGGCCGAGAACUCGGGUCUCAGCCCCAUUGAGACGCUCGCCAACAUCAAGUCACGACAAGCCAAGGAGAAGAACACAAGGUUAGGCGUCGACUGCAUGCAGACGGGAAGCAACGACAUGAAGGAGCACUUCGUCAUCGACCCCUUGAUCUCAAAGAGGCAACAACUGCUGCUCGCCACCCAGCUGUGCAGAAUGGUACUCAAGAUCAACAACGUGAUCAUUGCUGGCGGCGAAGAUCAGGACUACUAA